UACUGCCUCCCUCAGAGGAUCUAUCAAUACUUCUACCACCCUCAUUGUGCAGAUUUCAACACCUACUCCAUCCAUUAGUCACAGUGUUUUGAUAGCUGGAACUGAAUCGAAUCUAACAUGUGACUAUUAGUCUUGGUGCAUAUGUGGAUUCUCAUGUGGCAAAGAAUGUUAGCUGGAUGGUGAACGGCUCAGCAGUUGCCACAAAUGGACGUAAAAUAAUCUCAAAUAAUGGACAAUUUCUUUACUUCUCUCCAGUUUCAGUCUCUGAUAGUGGUAGAUACACGUGCCAACUAAGUCUUUCUGUACCACAGACACCAUAUGUGUCUGUACAUGGGCCUGUACAGAGUUCAGAUGUAGUCAUUACCGUGGAAAUUCCACCUGCCCCAAAUGUCAUGGUCUCAACAACUGGACUCUCUAUUGCUGGCCAGAGCUACACCUUCAAAUGUACAGCUAGUGUAGUGGCAGGUCUGGUGGUAGAGCCUCACAUGAAGAUAGUUUUCCCCGACUCAACUGAGAUACCAUCAGACGCUACUAAAACACUAAAUCACACAUUCUCUUCUCUGAGGAUAUCUGAUGGAGGCCAAUACACUUGUACAGCCACUAUCAACAUCCCACAGGCUGGUUUAACUAACAUCCAGUCUUCAGUAGCAAAGACUUUGGCUGUUGUGUAUGCCUACUCAGUUGAGAGGUUUUGGUCCAGCAGAACAACAGGAACUUCUUUCACCUUCUAUUGGAGUCCUCCAAGUAUUGGAGCUCACCUCACCAUUAACUAUCACCUGAAGUGUGAUCCUCUGUUGAUUAAUGUUCCACUUCGUCAGGCAUUAGUGCAAGCUGCAAAUACCUCAGCUGUUAUAACUGAUCUCCACCCUGGAGCCAUCUACAACUGCAGUAUCUUUACCGUUGGUCCCUUGGGAAACUCACAGCCAAAAUCACAAAAUAUUACCACUCUUGAGGCUGUUCCCUCAGGUUCUCCAGAGAUGUUUGGGGCAGUAGCUGGAGAGAGAGAAGUGGAGUUCUCCUGGUCUCCCCCACCUCCCACCCAGCAAAAUGGUGUCAUCACCAGCUACACCCUCUCCUGCUCCCCCUCCCUCCCCCAGUCCCCCUCCUCCCAGUCCUCUGGCUCUCUAUCAGUGACUGGCUUCUCUCCCAACACUCUCUACUCAUGUUCUCUGACUGCUGAAAAUAGCCAGGGAUCUGGUCCUCCUGCUACAUACACCUUCACUACCCAGCAAGACUAUAAUCUCUUUCAGCUGCGGCUCAAAGGAGUUUUGCUUUGCUCUGAAGUGAUAGCAACACUCACAAAGCAGAAGCAAGAAGACAUUAAAGCUGAAAUUGUGCAUCAGCUUGAUGCCUCUUGUCCUGACUGUGGCAUUAGCGAUGACAUCAUAAACAGACAGUCAUUUUCCUGUUUUGAGGAAUCUCCAUCAUUCCUGACAUAUCGAGCCAGACUGGAGGGGACGUCAGAGAGGGACAGUAGCUCCCUCAUCUCUCUGAUAGAGGCCUGGGUGAGAGGAGGCGGGGCCAGCGUCAUUGUGACUGGAGUACUGAUGACCGUGGACUCCCACUGCUCAGUGGCCAUCUCUUCCCUCAGUGAUCCAGAGUGCUCUAAACCUUCCCCACCACCCAAUGAACCUAAACCUUCUCUCACCCAAACUCUGCCUCCCAGUAUGACUCCGACCAAAGAGACUUCUACUGGUACAGAGGACCCUACUCUCUCCUCUCAGAACUCUGCUGCAGGAAAUGACAAUACUGCCGCCAUCAUUGGAGGGGUUGUAGCUACUGUACUCAUCAUUGUCGUUGCUAUUGUCAUUGUAGCUAUUGCUGCUCUGGUCCUCAAGAAUCGUCGACUGACUACAAAGACUGCUGAAAAGUUUGAGAUGAGUCUAGUACCAGGUUCGCCUGGACUCAUUCCUACCUCCGCCAACUCUGCCUACCACACAGUAAAGCAGGAGGGGAAGGUUGCUGAGACAUAUGAGAUCCCACUGAGAGCUGGGGGCGAUGGAGGAUACGAUAUUAUCCUUUGUCCCUCACCUCCUCCUCCUCCUCCCUCCCAGCAGUCUCUCCCCAAACUCCCUGAGUCUGAGGAGGAGGUGUACGAAGUGAUCCCUGGAGAGGACAACUGACUGGAUGGAUAUUACGUUACUGAUAGAGAGAUAGUUAGUGGACUAUUAGGUCUUGUAGGCUUCAUGCAACUAUUUUGUCUUUUACCAACACAGCAACACCCUCC